AUGUGCCGCCAUGCGUUCAUCAUGUGCCGCCAUGCGUUCAUCAUGUGCCGCCAUGCGUUCAUCAUGUGCCGCCAUGCGUUCAUCAUGUGCCGCCAUGCGUUCAUCAUGUGCCGCCAUGCGUUCAUCAUGUGCCGCCAUGCGUUCAUCAUGUGCCGCCAUGCGUUCAUCAUGUGCCGCCAUGCGUUCAUCAUGUGCCGCCAUGCGUUCAUCAUGUGCCGCCAUGCGUUCAUCAUGUGCCGCCAUGCGUUCAUCAUGUGCCGCCAUGCGUAUCAUCAUGUGCCGCCAUGCGUUCAUCAUGUGCCGCCAUGCGUCAUCAUGUGCCGCCAUGCGUUCAUCAUGUGCCGCCAUGCGUUCAUCAUGUGCCGCCAUGCGUUCAUCAUGUGCCGCCAUGCGUUCAUCAUGUGCCGCCAUGCGUUCAUCAUGUGCCGCCAUGCGUUCAUCAUGUGCCGCCAUGCGUUCAUCAUGUGCCGCCAUGCGUUCAUCAUGUGCCGCCAUGCGUUCAUCAUGUGCCGCCAUGCGUUCAUCAUGUGCCGCCAUGCGUUCAUCAUGUGCCGCCAUGCGUUCAUCAUGUGCCGCCAUGCGUUCAUCAUGUGCCGCCAUGCGUUCAUCAUGUGCCGCCAUGCGUUCAUCAUGUGCCGCCAUGCGUUCAUCAUGUGCCGCCAUGCGUUCAUCAUGUGCCGCCAUGCGUUCAUCAUGUGCCGCCAUGCGUUCAUCAUGUGCCGCCAUGCGUUCAUCAUGUGCCGCCAUGCGUUCAUCAUGUGCCGCCAUGCGUUCAUCAUGUGCCGCCAUGCGUUCAUCAUGUGCCGCCAUGCGUUCAUCAUGUGCCGCCAUGCGUUCAUCAUGUGCCGCCAUGCGUUCAUCAUGUGCCGCCAUGCGUUCAUCAUGUGCCGCCAUGCGUUCAUCAUGUGCCGCCAUGCGUUCAUCAUGUGCCGCCAUGCGUUCAUCAUGUGCCGCCAUGCGUUCAUCAUGUGCCGCCAUGCGUUCAUCAUGUGCCGCCAUGCGUUCAUCAUGUGCCGCCAUGCGUUCAUCAUGUGCCGCCAUGCGUUCAUCAUGUGCCGCCAUGCGUUCAUCAUGUGCCGCCAUGCGUUCAUCAUGUGCCGCCAUGCGUUCAUCAUGUGCCGCCAUGCGUUCAUCAUGUGCCGCCAUGCGUUCAUCAUGUGCCGCCAUGCGUUCAUCAUGUGCCGCCAUGCGUUCAUCAUGUGCCGCCAUGCGUUCAUCAUGUGCCGCCAUGCGUUCAUCAUGUGCCGCCAUGCGUUCAUCAUGUGCCGCCAUGCGUUCAUCAUGUGCCGCCAUGCGUUCAUCAUGUGCCGCCAUGCGUUCAUCAUGUGCCGCCAUGCGUUCAUCAUGUGCCGCCAUGCGUUCAUCAUGUGCCGCCAUGCGUUCAUCAUGUGCCGCCAUGCGUUCAUCAUGUGCCGCCAUGCGUUCAUCAUGUGCCGCCAUGCGUUCAUCAUGUGCCGCCAUGCGUUCAUCAUGUGCCGCCAUGCGUUCAUCAUGUGCCGCCAUGCGUUCAUCAUGUGCCGCCAUGCGUUCAUCAUGUGCCGCCAUGCGUUCAUCAUGUGCCGCCAUGCGUUCAUCAUGUGCCGCCAUGCGUUCAUCAUGUGCCGCCAUGCGUUCAUCAUGUGCCGCCAUGCGUUCAUCAUGUGCCGCCAUGCGUUCAUCAUGUGCCGCCAUGCGUUCAUCAUGUGCCGCCAUGCGUUCAUCAUGUGCCGCCAUGCGUUCAUCAUGUGCCGCCAUGCGUUCAUCAUGUGCCGCCAUGCGUUCAUCAUGUGCCGCCAUGCGUUCAUCAUGUGCCGCCAUGCGUUCAUCAUGUGCCGCCAUGCGUUCAUCAUGUGCCGCCAUGCGUUCAUCAUGUGCCGCCAUGCGUUCAUCAUGUGCCGCCAUGCGUUCAUCAUGUGCCGCCAUGCGUUCAUCAUGUGCCGCCAUGCGUUCAUCAUGUGCCGCCAUGCGUUCAUCAUGUGCCGCCAUGCGUUCAUCAUGUGCCGCCAUGCGUUCAUCAUGUGCCGCCAUGCGUUCAUCAUGUGCCGCCAUGCGUUCAUCAUGUGCCGCCAUGCGUUCAUCAUGUGCCGCCAUGCGUUCAUCAUGUGCCGCCAUGCGUUCAUCAUGUGCCGCCAUGCGUUCAUCAUGUGCCGCCAUGCGUUCAUCAUGUGCCGCCAUGCGUUCAUCAUGUGCCGCCAUGCGUUCAUCAUGUGCCGCCAUGCGUUCAUCAUGUGCCGCCAUGCGUUCAUCAUGUGCCGCCAUGCGUUCAUCAUGUGCCGCCAUGCGUUCAUCAUGUGCCGCCAUGCGUUCAUCAUGUGCCGCCAUGCGUUCAUCAUGUGCCGCCAUGCGUUCAUCAUGUGCCGCCAUGCGUUCAUCAUGUGCCGCCAUGCGUUCAUCAUGUGCCGCCAUGCGUUCAUCAUGUGCCGCCAUGCGUUCAUCAUGUGCCGCCAUGCGUUCAUCAUGUGCCGCCAUGCGUUCAUCAUGUGCCGCCAUGCGUUCAUCAUGUGCCGCCAUGCGUUCAUCAUGUGCCGCCAUGCGUUCAUCAUGUGCCGCCAUGCGUUCAUCAUGUGCCGCCAUGCGUUCAUCAUGUGCCGCCAUGCGUUCAUCAUGUGCCGCCAUGCGUUCAUCAUGUGCCGCCAUGCGUUCAUCAUGUGCCGCCAUGCGUUCAUCAUGUGCCGCCAUGCGUUCAUCAUGUGCCGCCAUGCGUUCAUCAUGUGCCGCCAUGCGUUCAUCAUGUGCCGCCAUGCGUUCAUCAUGUGCCGCCAUGCGUUCAUCAUGUGCCGCCAUGCGUUCAUCAUGUGCCGCCAUGCGUUCAUCAUGUGCCGCCAUGCGUUCAUCAUGUGCCGCCAUGCGUUCAUCAUGUGCCGCCAUGCGUUCAUCAUGUGCCGCCAUGCGUUCAUCAUGUGCCGCCAUGCGUUCAUCAUGUGCCGCCAUGCGUUCAUCAUGUGCCGCCAUGCGUUCAUCAUGUGCCGCCAUGCGUUCAUCAUGUGCCGCCAUGCGUUCAUCAUGUGCCGCCAUGCGUUCAUCAUGUGCCGCCAUGCGUUCAUCAUGUGCCGCCAUGCGUUCAUCAUGUGCCGCCAUGCGUUCAUCAUGUGCCGCCAUGCGUUCAUCAUGUGCCGCCAUGCGUUCAUCAUGUGCCGCCAUGCGUUCAUCAUGUGCCGCCAUGCGUUCAUCAUGUGCCGCCAUGCGUUCAUCAUGUGCCGCCAUGCGUUCAUCAUGUGCCGCCAUGCGUUCAUCAUGUGCCGCCAUGCGUUCAUCAUGUGCCGCCAUGCGUUCAUCAUGUGCCGCCAUGCGUUCAUCAUGUGCCGCCAUGCGUUCAUCAUGUGCCGCCAUGCGUUCAUCAUGUGCCGCCAUGCGUUCAUCAUGUGCCGCCAUGCGUUCAUCAUGUGCCGCCAUGCGUUCAUCAUGUGCCGCCAUGCGUUCAUCAUGUGCCGCCAUGCGUUCAUCAUGUGCCGCCAUGCGUUCAUCAUGUGCCGCCAUGCGUUCAUCAUGUGCCGCCAUGCGUUCAUCAUGUGCCGCCAUGCGUUCAUCAUGUGCCGCCAUGCGUUCAUCAUGUGCCGCCAUGCGUUCAUCAUGUGCCGCCAUGCGUUCAUCAUGUGCCGCCAUGCGUUCAUCAUGUGCCGCCAUGCGUUCAUCAUGUGCCGCCAUGCGUUCAUCAUGUGCCGCCAUGCGUUCAUCAUGUGCCGCCAUGCGUUCAUCAUGUGCCGCCAUGCGUUCAUCAUGUGCCGCCAUGCGUUCAUCAUGUGCCGCCAUGCGUUCAUCAUGUGCCGCCAUGCGUUCAUCAUGUGCCGCCAUGCGUUCAUCAUGUGCCGCCAUGCGUUCAUCAUGUGCCGCCAUGCGUUCAUCAUGUGCCGCCAUGCGUUCAUCAUGUGCCGCCAUGCGUUCAUCAUGUGCCGCCAUGCGUUCAUCAUGUGCCGCCAUGCGUUCAUCAUGUGCCGCCAUGCGUUCAUCAUGUGCCGCCAUGCGUUCAUCAUGUGCCGCCAUGCGUUCAUCAUGUGCCGCCAUGCGUUCAUCAUGUGCCGCCAUGCGUUCAUCAUGUGCCGCCAUGCGUUCAUCAUGUGCCGCCAUGCGUUCAUCAUGUGCCGCCAUGCGUUCAUCAUGUGCCGCCAUGCGUUCAUCAUGUGCCGCCAUGCGUUCAUCAUGUGCCGCCAUGCGUUCAUCAUGUGCCGCCAUGCGUUCAUCAUGUGCCGCCAUGCGUUCAUCAUGUGCCGCCAUGCGUUCAUCAUGUGCCGCCAUGCGUUCAUCAUGUGCCGCCAUGCGUUCAUCAUGUGCCGCCAUGCGUUCAUCAUGUGCCGCCAUGCGUUCAUCAUGUGCCGCCAUGCGUUCAUCAUGUGCCGCCAUGCGUUCAUCAUGUGCCGCCAUGCGUUCAUCAUGUGCCGCCAUGCGUUCAUCAUGUGCCGCCAUGCGUUCAUCAUGUGCCGCCAUGCGUUCAUCAUGUGCCGCCAUGCGUUCAUCAUGUGCCGCCAUGCGUUCAUCAUGUGCCGCCAUGCGUUCAUCAUGUGCCGCCAUGCGUUCAUCAUGUGCCGCCAUGCGUUCAUCAUGUGCCGCCAUGCGUUCAUCAUGUGCCGCCAUGCGUUCAUCAUGUGCCGCCAUGCGUUCAUCAUGUGCCGCCAUGCGUUCAUCAUGUGCCGCCAUGCGUUCAUCAUGUGCCGCCAUGCGUUCAUCAUGUGCCGCCAUGCGUUCAUCAUGUGCCGCCAUGCGUUCAUCAUGUGCCGCCAUGCGUUCAUCAUGUGCCGCCAUGCGUUCAUCAUGUGCCGCCAUGCGUUCAUCAUGUGCCGCCAUGCGUUCAUCAUGUGCCGCCAUGCGUUCAUCAUGUGCCGCCAUGCGUUCAUCAUGUGCCGCCAUGCGUUCAUCAUGUGCCGCCAUGCGUUCAUCAUGUGCCGCCAUGCGUUCAUCAUGUGCCGCCAUGCGUUCAUCAUGUGCCGCCAUGCGUUCAUCAUGUGCCGCCAUGCGUUCAUCAUGUGCCGCCAUGCGUUCAUCAUGUGCGCCAUGCGUUCAUCAUGUGCCGCCAUGCGUUCAUCAUGUGCCGCCAUGCGUUCAUCAUGUGCCGCCAUGCGUUCAUCAUGUGCCGCCAUGCGUUCAUCAUGUGCCGCCAUGCGUUCAUCAUGUGCCGCCAUGCGUUCAUCAUGUGCCGCCAUGCGUUCAUCAUGUGCCGCCAUGCGUUCAUCAUGUGCCGCCAUGCGUUCAUCAUGUGCCGCCAUGCGUUCAUCAUGUGCCGCCAUGCGUUCAUCAUGUGCCGCCAUGCGUUCAUCAUGUGCCGCCAUGCGUUCAUCAUGUGCCGCCAUGCGUUCAUCAUGUGCCGCCAUGCGUUCAUCAUGUGCCGCCAUGCGUUCAUCAUGUGCCGCCAUGCGUUCAUCAUGUGCCGCCAUGCGUUCAUCAUGUGCCGCCAUGCGUUCAUCAUGUGCCGCCAUGCGUUCAUCAUGUGCCGCCAUGCGUUCAUCAUGUGCCGCCAUGCGUUCAUCAUGUGCCGCCAUGCGUUCAUCAUGUGCCGCCAUGCGUUCAUCAUGUGCCGCCAUGCGUUCAUCAUGUGCCGCCAUGCGUUCAUCAUGUGCCGCCAUGCGUUCAUCAUGUGCCGCCAUGCGUUCAUCAUGUGCCGCCAUGCGUUCAUCAUGUGCCGCCAUGCGUUCAUCAUGUGCCGCCAUGCGUUCAUCAUGUGCCGCCAUGCGUUCAUCAUGUGCCGCCAUGCGUUCAUCAUGUGCCGCCAUGCGUUCAUCAUGUGCCGCCAUGCGUUCAUCAUGUGCCGCCAUGCGUUCAUCAUGUGCCGCCAUGCGUUCAUCAUGUGCCGCCAUGCGUUCAUCAUGUGCCGCCAUGCGUUCAUCAUGUGCCGCCAUGCGUUCAUCAUGUGCCGCCAUGCGUUCAUCAUGUGCCGCCAUGCGUUCAUCAUGUGCCGCCAUGCGUUCAUCAUGUGCCGCCAUGCGUUCAUCAUGUGCCGCCAUGCGUUCAUCAUGUGCCGCCAUGCGUUCAUCAUGUGCCGCCAUGCGUUCAUCAUGUGCCGCCAUGCGUUCAUCAUGUGCCGCCAUGCGUUCAUCAUGUGCCGCCAUGCGUUCAUCAUGUGCCGCCAUGCGUUCAUCAUGUGCCGCCAUGCGUUCAUCAUGUGCCGCCAUGCGUUCAUCAUGUGCCGCCAUGCGUUCAUCAUGUGCCGCCAUGCGUUCAUCAUGUGCCGCCAUGCGUUCAUCAUGUGCCGCCAUGCGUUCAUCAUGUGCCGCCAUGCGUUCAUCAUGUGCCGCCAUGCGUUCAUCAUGUGCCGCCAUGCGUUCAUCAUGUGCCGCCAUGCGUUCAUCAUGUGCCGCCAUGCGUUCAUCAUGUGCCGCCAUGCGUUCAUCAUGUGCCGCCAUGCGUUCAUCAUGUGCCGCCAUGCGUUCAUCAUGUGCCGCCAUGCGUUCAUCAUGUGCCGCCAUGCGUUCAUCAUGUGCCGCCAUGCGUUCAUCAUGUGCCGCCAUGCGUUCAUCAUGUGCCGCCAUGCGUUCAUCAUGUGCCGCCAUGCGUUCAUCAUGUGCCGCCAUGCGUUCAUCAUGUGCCGCCAUGCGUUCAUCAUGUGCCGCCAUGCGUUCAUCAUGUGCCGCCAUGCGUUCAUCAUGUGCCGCCAUGCGUUCAUCAUGUGCCGCCAUGCGUUCAUCAUGUGCCGCCAUGCGUUCAUCAUGUGCCGCCAUGCGUUCAUCAUGUGCCGCCAUGCGUUCAUCAUGUGCCGCCAUGCAUGCAUGCCAUCCGCUUUACUACUACAGGGACUUGAGUCGGAACAGACUGAUAGUGAUCUUCAGAGCAACCAACUGUCCCUCCAGAAUUGCUUCCUCUCUGGCUCACUCCCCUUCCUCACCCUCCAAGCCUCCCCCCCCCUGCAGUGAGCCGAUGUCCCUCCAGUACUGCUCUCUCUCCGGAUCCCUCCCUCCCUCCCUCACCCUCCUCCCCCUCCUCUCCUCCCUCCACCUCUCCCACAACCUCCUCUCAGGCCCUCUCCCACCCCUCCUCUCCUCCCUCUCCGCCCUCUCCACCCUCCACCUCUCACACAACCUCUUCUCGGGUGUAAUCCCCGAUCCAAUCUGUGACAUGCCGAUGGUUGCUGACCUGGAUCUCUCAGCCAAUCAGCUGCAAGGGACCAUUCCUCCCUGUCUUGUGGAAAUGCCCACGCUCCAGAUUCUGUCAGUCGCAUUCAACAACCUGUCAGGGCAUGUUCCAGAAUUACCCGACGGCAACGAGCUACAGUUCAUAUACAACCACAACUGUCUGGACGACGCGCCUGAGCAGGCAUGCGCUGCAGGCCUCCAUGCCACCCCUUAUGUGCCUCCCACGUCUGCUCCCAGCAGCAACAGUAGCACCAGCGACACCAGCAGCAACACCUCGUCCAUACCACCUCUGGCAUAUGUCCUGCUAGCGCUUCUAAUCGUCACGGUGGUGUGUGUUGUGCUCUUUGGCCUCUUUGGCACCGUGCAUCACAUCAAAGUGAAAGCCAGCAAGAAGAAACAGAUGAGUGAGUUAACAGGCAAUGGGUGCUCUUUGUGCUGCAAUGUUGUUGCCGAUAAUCCUCUCUUCUCCCUCUUCAGCCUCUUUGGCACCAUGCAUCGCAUUAAAGUGAAAGCCAGCAAGAAGAAGCAGAUGAGUGAGUGGAUGGGUGCUUGGAUCGCAUGUGCCUCUGUGCAU